GGAGAGCCAAUCAUAACAAGAGAGAUACUAUAAUUAUGAUGGGUAUUUAAUUCCUCCAGUCUGCUGUUGAUAUUUAGUUUGAAUGUCUUUCUUUAUAGCAGUGAAUUUUGUGCUUCCAACAAUAAAUUUGGAAAUUUCGAAUUUAGUUCAGUCAAAAUGAAAGUCGUUAUUAGUAUAUUUAUUUUUGCUCUCAGUACCUGCAUAUUUGAGUGCAGCUUUUCGAAAAGCAUAUAUGCAGUAAAUCACCAACCUGGAGUCACUCUCUUAAACGUGUCGGCGGUUGAACUGAGACGGAAAUGCAAUUUGAAGGGGGUUGAAGUUAACGACAAUUUCGAGAAAUUCAUGAGUUCCUACCUGUCGCGGACUACUGACAUUCACAGCGAAAUUCCAGGCAAGAUGAAAAAAGGAAAUCGCACGAAAGAUUACGACAAUGCAUUUCAUGAUUUUUACUACAUGGAUCCGAAUUUGCGACGAGUAAUGAAAAAACUGACCGACGUGGUGCUGUUGUGUCUGGAUGAAGAAGAUAUCGACGAAGAGAGCAAGCAGAUAAUGAUAAAUUCUGCCUUGGAAAAAGUCAGCGUUGCUGGAAAGUACGUAACAAUUGCCAUGUCAGACGGUGAGUGUUUCGAUGAUGCAGGAUGGGCAGCAUUUAGAUUCUGUACAACAACCUCUGACCCCAAAGGCUCGCCUUUUAUUCCACUUCCGCUUAUUUACAGUCACGAGGAGUGCAUGAACAUAUUUAAGACUCAAGAGUGUUACAUAAAUUCGGUUAAGAAUUGCAAAGAAUCGACGAAAACAGCGAUGCACACAACUGUUAAUGGAAUGAGGGACUACAUAAGAUGUGAUGGAUUCUCUCAUCUCACACAGACUGCAAUAAUUACAGACAAUUUUGCUGCGAGUAUUUCAGCAGAGGUGUGGAAAACGAACAAAAAUGGAAAAAGUCCUCAUGUCUUUCUUGAAAUGGAGUUCGAUGAGUUGAAUAAGGAGUGCAAAGCGAAGCAAAAGAGUGUGAUUGAUAAAAGAGUUUUCGAACCAUAUUUUAAACUCUACCAGCCAAUGCAGGAAGAAAUCGCGAAGAAGGUCAAAGCCGAUUCAAAGGCAAACAUUGACAACAUAAUCAUGGAGGAGUGUCUCACACAUCCCGAGUUGAAAAAGCAGAUUGCAAAUAUUACCGAUACAUUAGAGCUUUGCUUGGCAGAGGCGGAUCGUCUGGAGAAAACUGUGAAGGACAAGUUGAUUCAGGAAGUCUUGGAAAUCAAGUGUGCUAAUUUGAAGAAAGCCAUAAUUAUUCGUUCGGAGGAAAAAUGUAUGAAGAAAUGGCCAUCAGCGUGUCUUGAACAUUUGAUGAAAAUUCAAGAACUCCUAAUUCCCGUUCCUGUUAAAAACUAUCGUGAUGUGUGUUUAGAAAUUCAGAAACUAGAUCAAUGUGAAACGGCCAUGAACGGGUGUAAAGAGGAAACAAGAAAAGCUUUAAAAUCGCUUGUGUCUGACGAAAUGGUAUUCUCUGAUUGUGUAAAAUAAAUUUUUAAUUAUUUUAAAUAA